GCGAAAUCGAAAACACUCGGUUAACCUCACAAUCAGUUAACCUCGCACGAGUUUGACGAUACUACAGCUCGAAAUCUAAAUUCGCACGGCGUACAACUCGGAUGUCCCGAUGAGCCUGAGACGGAUCUGCGAUGUCAUCAUUCGGCGGAACGUGCGAUUCCGAGGCGUCGCCGGGCGUUCCCUCGCCACGGAGUCGGCGGAGCCGAAGGACGAGGUCGUCGACAUAGCCGCCGCCGACGAGAAGCCGAUAUACUCGGACGAUCCCCAGAUUCUGGAGGAGCUCGACAGGAAGCGAAACAAGUCCCGGCUGGAGCCGCAGCACAGGAACAUGCUUAUGGGCGAGCGUCCCUACGUUCGGUCCAUGGACUGGCACCACGAUACGGUGAGGUACAAGAAGCGUAUGCUGGGCAGGUACGGACUGAAAGCCAUCGACGUGCCGGCGGGAUUCGCGUGGCCCACGCCGGAGGAGGUCAGGGACGCUCAGGAGUACGAGAGAGUCGCCUUCCCGCUGUCCCUUCAAGAGAGAUGGAAGAAGCUGGAGGAGGCUAAACGGUUGAAGGCCGAGCAGGUUCGAGCAAGGGAAGCUGAAGUGGCGGAGAAACUGGCGAAGGUAGGCCAAUGGACGGCCGAGAUGAACGCGAGGGUCGCUAAGAAGGAGGCCGAGCUGGAGGCUGCCAGAUUGCGCAAGGAGCGCCUGGUGGAGGAAGUCAGGAAACACUUCGGCUUCAAGAUCUCGCCUAACGACGAGAGAUUCAAGACGAUGCUGGCGCAGAAGGAAAAGGAGGAGAAGAAGAAGAAGAAGGAGGCUAAGAAGAAGGCGAAGAUAGACAAGUUGACGAGCAUGAUUCAAGAGAUGUCAAAGGACGACGACGCGAGUCAAGAACGAGCGACCGAUUCGACGAAAUCUGCAGAAUAGUGACGUUUUUCUUUCCGCAAAGUAUAAUAUAUAUUAAAACGUUCUAAUUAUAUAUCGUAACAAUUAUUUAUAUUCGCUCUCCCUUUCCAAGUGCGACUAUCUCGAGGUUCGAACGUACGUACGGCCGAUAUGAUUAAACCACGUUGACCAC